CUAAGGGCGCUGGGGAGCUCUAGUCUGUGACGGACCGUGGCGGAAGUGGUUGGACAGAAAACUUCCGGUUGUCACUCUGCUACUCUGAACUGUCCCGAGAAUCAUGUCCGCCGAUUUUCAGGGAUACGAGCAGGACUAUGGGGUCAUCACCGCCGAGAUCACCAACCGCAUCGGCAAGAUCCCCAAACUGGGCGGGGAUGAGAAGAAGCAGAUGGUGAUAAAUGUGGAGAAGCAGCUGGAAGAGGCCAAGGAGCUGCUGGAGCAGAUGGACCUGGAAGUGCGGGAGAUUCCAGCUCAGAGCCGCGGGAUGUACAGCAACCGUAUGAGAAGCUACAAGCAGGAGAUGAGCAAACUGGAGGGUGACUUUAAAAGGUCAUGGAUCGCCUACAGUGACGAAGUGCGGAAUGAGCUACUAGGGGAUGAUGGGAAUUCCUCGGAGAGCCAGUUGAUAAAAUUACGGGAAGAGAGGGCUCAUCUUCUGGAUAACACAGAGAUGUUGGAGAGGUCGUCGCGGAGGCUAGAGGCCGGAUACCAGAUAGCGGUGGAGACUGAGCAAAUUGGACAGAAUAUCUUGGAGAACCUGAGCCAAGACCGGGAGAAGAUCCAGAGAGCGAGAGAGAGACUCAGGGAAACCGACACAAAUUUGGGGAAGAGCUCCAGGAUUCUGACGGGAAUGUUACGAAGGUAAGACAAAGG